AUGAAUAGCACACAAAUUAAAACUAUACAUAUGUAUAGAAAUUUAAUAAGAGCAAGUAAAUUAUUCUUAAAUGAAUCUAGAAAAGAUCGUUGCAUUUCAAGUCAUUUCAAAUCAAGCAUUCAACAAAAAUAUAGAGAAAAUAAAAAUUUAAAAGAUAAUAAAAAGAUUAUAGAUUUAAAUAUCAAUGCUGAUAAAGUUUAUUCAAACUUUAAAGAUUUAUUAGAAAAUAAAUAUUUAUUAAAAUAUCCAUGUUCAAUUAAUAUUAUACCAGACUAUGUAGAAAAGUCAAAUAUUUUAUUAUCAACUAAAAACCAAUCAAAAAUGAAAUCUAAAAAAUGGGGUUUAUUAGAUAGAUUAAAAGUAGUUUUCACUAAAGAUCAAGAAAAAUAA